GGAAUUUCCCAGACGACGAAUGACGAGUUAAGUUACGGGUUAUUUAUUUACUACAAGCACUUCACAUGAAGUUCAUUCAUUCAAAAAAUCUUCCAACAUGGCAAAGCUGGUAAAUCACAGUUUGCUACGGGAGGUCAGGAGAUGUUUUCGGGAUCCUCGAUUCCAGUCACAGCUUUCUCCUUUACGAGCAAUCGCUAACAGUGCAGUAGACCCUGGCCAAGUUCGAGCGGGCUCGGGCAAUGCCUGCUGUGAAUCUGCACCCCACCCGGAGACUACAGGAAGCGGCUGGAGCACUUACUCUACACGGGCAGACCUGUUCAAGGCAGUUUGUGCUAUCGCUUUGGGGAUCGGCGGGGCCGCUUUGCUUUAUUCCAGGCGACAGGGUGAGAAACAGCCGCAGAAGGAGAAAAGUGAAGGCGGCGUAAGGAGUUCAGUAUUUGAACACAUCCUACCUACAGCCCGGUGUGCUUCCCCGUUCAAACCAGACAGCCCUCGGUACAAAUACAACUUCAUCGCUGACGUGGUGGAAAAAUCAGCACCUGCUGUUGUGUUCAUUGAAAUUAUUAAAAGGAAUCCUAUUUCAGGCAAAGAGGUUCCAGUUUCGAGCGGCUCUGGGUUUGUCAUCGGUCAGGAUGGGCUGAUCAUCACAAACGCUCACGUGGUGGCAAACAAACGAGGAGUUAAAGUGAAGCUAGCCAACGGAGACACAUAUAAUGCAGUGGUUCAGGAUAUGGACCAAGUCGCUGAUAUUGCCACCAUAAAAAUCAAUGCCAAGCACCCUCUCCCAACCCUCUCUCUGGGUCGCUCCUCAGAUGUCCGGCAGGGUGAGUUUGUGGUUGCCAUGGGGAGUCCCUUAGCUUUGCGCAACACCAUCACCUCUGGGAUUGUGAGCUCGGUGCAGCGAGGAGGCCAGGAGCUGGGCCUCUCCAACUCCAACAUGGAUUACAUUCAGACUGACGCCGCUAUUGAUUUCGGGAACUCAGGUGGACCCCUUAUAAAUCUGGAUGGUGAUGUCAUUGGUAUCAACACCAUGAAAGUGACGGCAAGCAUCUCCUUCGCCAUUCCUUCAGACCAUCUCAGGCAAUUCUUGAGCACUGCAGAGAAGAGAAAUUCUCGGUUUGGUGGAUCAGAAAUGAAAAAACGCUAUAUUGGUGUAGUGAUGCUUACACUCACUCCCAGAAUCAUUGCAGAGUUGAAGCUUCGUGAUCCUGGUUUCCCGGAUGUAACCCACGGUGUGUUGAGUCACAGGAUCAUCAUGGGCUCUCCUGCAUACCAAGCUGGAAUGAAACCUGGAGAUAUCGUCAUUGAGAUCAAUGGACAUACAGUGAAGACUGCUGAAGAAAUCUACAAUGCAGUGCGGACCUGUGACAGUAUUAACAUGGUAGUGAAGCGUGGGCAGGACCUGCUAAUGCUGCACAUGACCCCUGAAAUUACAGAGUGAAGGGUUUCGCAGCACUGUAGUGAAGGAGGAGUCUAUAUAAAAGAGACCACAUCCUGCUUGUGUGGUGUAAUGGCAAUUCUCAGGCCUUGUGAAAGGGGAUUUUUUUUUUUAUUAAUGACAGUUUGCGGGCAAGUGACAAUGAUGUAUGUGUGUUUAGGUCAUGAAAUAUUUGUAGUGAUGCCCUCAAUGAAAGAUAAUUUUUUCUUAAUGCUGCAGGUAAUGGUGUAGUUUGUUAAUGUCAGAUCUGUCGUUUUCUACGGUUGCUUUACAACAGCUGAGGAGCAAGGGGGAAGAGGGUGUAGCAAUCAACUGAGUAUCUCUACAGUGAUGUAGAUCUACAGAGUGUAGAGAAAUUCAGCAGCAAUAUCAGGAACAUUACAUUUAUUACACAGCUUGUGCAGCGAGGAAAUCCACAGUCUGAUUUGAAUAACCGCUGCCCUCUGCUUCACAGAAUGUCAUAAUGAUAUCUGGCAGGAGACCAAACAUUACUUUUAAAAAAUAAAGAUGUGAUGAACAGUUAAAAAGGCAACGCGAAUUAGCCCCGGUUUGUAGCAGCUUUUCUACUAGAUGUUCUUGCACACUUAAGGGCCUGACUCAAUGAACUGUUAGCUGGUAAAAUAAGGGUUUUAGGAAAAUACCAAACCAUGUAAUGAGCAAACUUGUAUCGAUGAUCAAAAUAAAUAACAUCUUGCAAGGAGCAGUGUCCUUCCUGGAAAUGCAUUUCCUGUUUCGAAUUUGGUCUCAUAAAAUAGGAAUCUAGUUUGAAAGUGAUGAAACCAAUAAAUAAAAUUCAAAUGAAAUCCUCGACUAAGCCAGAGAUGUUUAAAUGUUCUGGGUUUUUUUUUGUGUUUUUUUUUUAAAUGAUAUUUUGUAAUCUUAAGACAUGUACUGUAUGUUUACAAUUUGCACAUAUUUGAUUUACUUACUAAUGCAUUUGACUACAGUCAUUGUGUUAUUAAUCUGUGUUGCCUCACAAUGUUAUGUUAACCAUACAGUAAUUACUUGUACAUCGUAAGUCAGUGUGAAGUGGAACAGAAUACGAGUGAUUUGUGGAUAAGAGAAUGCAUACAUAGUAGACAGGGUCAUUCAAAAGUCAGCCAAUGAAGUUCUGUUCCACAUAGAAUUCUAUUUCUAUUGCAAGCCUGAUAAGACUGUCCCCAUAUAAAUUCCGUUAUGAAAUAAAACUGCUUUUACAUGUCUGCUUGCUAUCUAAGAGCAGGUUGAUCAUGUCAUGGUUCUCUGUUUACCUUACAGCGUGUCUACUUUCAUGAAAACAACAAGAGCCUUCCUCUGUAACUGCUGUACAUGUUUUGUUUUAUGAAUAAAAAGUAAUUUAUUAAGGGUA